AGACGGCAAAAGUUGACGCUCAUUAGCGAAGAAAGUGGAUUGAUAAAUAUGUACAUAAAUAUCUACACAUUCGUAGUGGGAAGAGGCGCACCUUAAUAUCGAAAUUAUUAAAAUUUUAUUAAUAUAAAAACCAAAUAUUGGACGAAAAUGACCACCACACGGCGUGUGUGUAUUAUAGGGGCUGGAAUGGCUGGGCUCACGGCGCUGAAGAAUUCAUUGGCGCACGAUUUGGAGGCAGUCGCAUACGAACGCCACUCAGGCGUGGGCGGCACUUGGAUUUAUAUGGAACGUAAGGAGGAUGAAAAUGAGGAGGAUGUGCACAGCAGCAUGUAUUGUGGUUUGCACACCAAUUUGCCCAAGGAAGUAAUGGGUUUUCCAGAUUAUGAUUUCGAUACAAAUAUUGAAGAGUCGUUUAUCAAAUCUGAGUUGGUAUUAGAGUAUCUGCAAAAUUAUUCAAAGCAUUUUAAACUAUCACCAUUUAUCAAGUUGGAACACGAGAUAGUACGGGUGCGGCCACGUAACGAUGGUUGGGAGGUUACCGUACACGACCUCAGAAACGACAGAUAUUUUGUGGAGUAUUUUGAUUUUGUGUUUGUCUGUAAUGGACACUUCACAACGCCUAUGUAUCCCGAAACCAAAGAUCUGGACAAAUAUCGAGGCAACCGCCUACAUAGUCAUUUAUAUAGAACUCCGAACAUUUUAAAAGGCCAUACUGUUCUAGUAGUUGGUGGCGGUCCGAGUGCCGUUGAUAUUGUCCACCACAUAUACCUACAUGCCGCGCACAUUUAUCUCAGCCAUCACUUAGAAACUGCACCACGUACAGAAUUUAUGCCGAACGUGACACAGAAGCCAGAUAUUCAGCGUUUCACUGAAGAUGGCGCCAUUUUCACAGAUGGCAGCAGUUGUGCCUUUUCCUAUGUGAUUUUUUGCACUGGUUAUAAAUACACCUUCCCCUUUCUGAGCGUCGAUUGUGGCCUGAGCGUGGAUGUCAAUUGGGUGCAUCCACUCUACAAACACUGUUUAAAUAUUAAUAAGCCUUCUAUGGCCAUCAUUGGUUUGCCUCAUCAAAUCUGUCCGGCUCAACUUUUCGAUUUGCAAGUGCGUUUUGCGCUUGCCUUUUUUACGGGGCAUAAGCAGCUGCCUAGUCGCACCGAUAUGAUGGCAGAAAUGGAGGCCGAUAUGGAGGAGCGUUGGGCGAACGGGGUAUCGAAGCGCGUGGCGCAUAAAAUGGGGCCAAAGCAGUUUGACUACUAUGAUGACUUAGCUGUUACAGCGGGCAUUACAAAACUUAAGCCCGUAGUGUGCAAAAUGAUGACAGCGUGCUCCAGGAGAUAUAUUUUUGAGUUGGAUACAUAUCGGCAAAGUCGUUUCAGAGUUGUUGAUGAUGAGAACUUUGUACGAAUCGCUUAGUUAUAAUUCCAGUUUGUAAAAAACUAUACCAUUUUUUAAUAUGAGGGUCGUUUGAAAAGUCUGUGCAAAGUGAGAGAUGAGAUAUGGCACUACUGGCGCGUAUUGAGGCUACGUUUAGUUAGUAGCAUCUCUUGGAAGAAUGAUCACCAAGUCUCAGCCAAACCGGUAUAUUUCUUUGUGUUGGUAUUAGUUUGAAUCUAGAAGUCAAGUGAUCGCAAAAUAUAGUUCCAACUCGUUUCACAUUCCCCAUAUGGUCCAGACUUGGCUACCUCAGAUCCUUCGGACUACUAUUUGUUCCCC